AUGCCGAGCUCACCAACGCAACCAUUCCCUCUCUACCUCUUCCCUAGUCUUCCCUUCCGCCGCCGCCGAAGCUCUGCCAUCAGCACCUCGACCACCUCCGCAUCUCCGUCCUCCUCUCCGCCCCAGCCGACCUCUUUCUUGACGGCCCAACCGAACUCACAUCUGCGCUGUCAGAAGUGCCUAGCCGACCUCAUCCCCACGUCGGCUAUCAUAAGCAAAGGGUUCACUGGGCGUCAUGGUCGCGCAUACCUUGUAGGACCUCCAUCGGCAUCCAGCGCGUUUGCUGGCGGUGACAUGUCAGCGACAGGCUGGAAGGCGGGCGACCUACCGAACACUUUGACGCACAAAGCCCACGCUCGUCAGCUCGUCACGGGUGCGCAUACCGUUUCCGAUAUCAGCUGUCGCAGCUGUGGUACCGUGUUAGGAUGGAAGUACGUCGAUGCUGCUGAAGAGACUCAGAAGUACAAGGUUGGCAAAUUCAUACUGGAGACGAAGAGAGUCGUCAAAGGCGCGGAAUGGGACGAGAGCGUAGAAGAGGAAGACAACGGCAUGGUGCUGGAGAAGGAAGGUGACAUCGAGUUCGAUUCGCAGGACGAAGACGAAUGCGAGGACCUCUUCAGUGGCAUCUGGAGCCCCCAACUUGCGAGCAAGAGGAGGAAGCGCCGUGCCUACGGUGACAUUGACUUGUCGGUGUGA